GCUAGAAGCACAGAAGAAAGAAGCCGAGCUUGCCAACUCUUCCAUAAGGACACAAAGACUUCUGCUGGUCCCAAGAAACAGGGUCAAGGAUGCUCAACUUCUGGACCCUGCUGCUGGCCCUGACACUCCUGGUAGAGACGGGACAGUCCCAGAGCUACAAAUCAAUACCUACAGUACUGAACCUGGCCAAAGGACGAAGAGCUUAUCAGUCCUCCAUAUAUCCACAUAAGAUCGUUGGAUCGGCAGACAAAGCUGUGGACGGGUUCUAUGCUGGGGACUUCCACCAGGGCUCCUGCACCCACACCAACGCUGAGAAGAACCCCUGGUGGCUGGUGGAUCUGGACUCAGAGUACGCCAUCGCAGCUGUCUUGGUGAAAAACCGUGGUGACUGCUGUGGCGAAAGGCUGCUGGGAGCUGAGGUCCGUGUGGGGAACACCAUUGUGGACCAUGGCAAAUCCAACGCUCUGUGUGGGAUCGUCACAGACGUCACACUGGGCUCCGUCAGUAGCUUCAACUGCAACUGGCUCAGGGGCCGCUAUGUGAGCAUCCAUCUUCCGCGCCAUGGUUCUAUGACGCUGUGCGAAGUGGAUGUCUAUGGAGCUGUAGCAGAAGAGAUGCGUUAGGGAUCACCAGCAGUCUCUGUUGGUGUGUUCAGGGUGUGUGGCUGUCAAAGACCAAGGAUGCGUCAAUCAACGCCAUAGUCCUCCUUGCAGCAAGCCCCCUUUCCUCUACUUCUCCAGCAGCUUCUCAGGGCCCUGAGAACCAACAAGGGCUGUGCUUUUGCUCCUGCCACAAAGCGUAGACCAGGCAUAGGCAAACCCAGCCCUCCAGAUGUUUUGGGACUACAACUCCCACCAUCCCUGACCACUGGGGCUAUUAGCUAGGGAUGAUGGGAGUUGUAGUCCCAAAACAUCUGGAGGGCCAAGUUUGCCUAUGCCUGGCGCAGACCAAGACACGGCUGAAAACCCAUUACGGCAAGAAUGAAGUCUUUCCCCACCAUAGUGUUGAGCCCCAUACUCUAAGGUUACCAGACGUCCCCAUAUCCUGGGGACAGUCCCCGAAUUUACAAAUCAGUCCCCUGACAAAAUCCAUCUAUUUAAUAGGAAGUUGAAAAGUGUCCUCGGAUUAAUUGAAAAAAAUCUGGUAACCUUAUCAUAGUCU